AAAAAAACGAUGGAAGUUAACUUUAUUUAGAUCAAAAAAUGUUGUAUACGGCGUUCGGCGGUAUAAACAGUCGAGGAUCCGUCUACCUCAAAUCCAUAGACCGAGAAGGAAAAAGCCAUAAACUUGAAUAGGAAAAAACUGAGGCUGCCAUGGCUACACUUCCUCUUGGAGAUGACAAACGCCCGAUUACAACGAUUCUCAUUUUCGCUGCCAUGGAUUCAGAAGCGCUUCCGGUUGUCGAACACUUCAAACUUUCACGGGAUGAUGGUACUUUGUUUCCAUUAAGUGUCCCUUGGAUCGGAUAUCACGGUUGCUACAAGGAUCUUAAUCUAAAUGUCAUUUAUCCAGGGAAAGACCCCGAUUUUGAUGCAGAUUCAGAAACCGAACCAAACAACAACAAACUCGAAUCAGAAGCAGUUCCAACGAGCACCCGCUGUCAAAAACCCCCGGAAUUGAUGUUGUACUGUCCCGAUACCCCUUCACAGCCCUCUCAGCAACUGUCAUCACAUUCGUCUCCUUCCCCCGUCGAAGAACUAGAAUCACCAGUGAUGUUUUCCCGGUUCCCCAUUGUCGCCACCUUCAUAUCCCCUUCCCUUCCUCCUUCUGCCAAGAAACACCACCACAAGCACCUUCUCCGGCUGUUACUAACCUUCUCAACCCCCACAACCCCGAUUUAA